UCCCGGCGAGCCGCCCGCGCACGCGCCGUAGGCCGAAGUGGGCGGGGCGGCCCGAGGAGCGCGCGCCAUGCAGGCCAGCGGGUACACGGCUGCAGCCGCCCUCGGCCAGGCCCGCGCCCCCGUCCAAGUGUCUGUUAUCCUCCCGGUCCAUGACGCUGAACCGUGGCUGGACGAGUGCUUGGGGUCUGUUUUGCAGCAGGACUUCGAAGGCUCCAUGGAGCUUUCCAUUUUUAAUGAUGCCAGUAAGGACAAGUCUAUGACUAUCAUUGAAAAAUGGAAAGAGAAGCUGGAAGGUUCCGGCAUCCUCGUGGUCAUUGGAGGGCAUGAUUCUCCUUCUCCCCGAGGAGUCGGAUAUUCUAAAAAUCAAGCCAUAGCACAGAGCUCAGGAUCUUACCUUUGCUUUUUGGAUUCGAAGAUCUUCUUGGCUGUAGACUAUUAUUUCCUUCAUUUGCAAGUGGUCCGUCCUGCCCCUCACCCAUCCUGGGCGUUGGUCAUCCCUGGGAGUCCACAGACUCGGUCCCUCAGGACCACCCUCCACUCAGAAGCUGCAGAACUCAAAGAUGACGACGUGAUGAUGCCUCAGAGGGUGAGGCUGCAACACGCAGCUGCUGUGCGACACCCAACAAGUAUUAUCGGUUGCCAAGUGAGGAGGGAGCCCCCCAACUCCACCGAGCGAUACACGCGGUGGAUCAACCAUCUGGCGCCCGACCAGCUGCUCACCCAGGUGUUUACCUCCAAUGGCCCCACCGUGAUCAUGCCCACCUGGUUCUGCUCCCGAGCCUGGUUCUCCCACGUGGGCCCAUUUGACGAGGGCGGGCGGGGUGUCCCCGAGGACUUGCUGUUCUUCCACGAACACCUGAGGAAGGGCGGCGGGCUCGUCCGCGUGGACCAGAGCCUGCUCCUCUACCGCUACCACCCCGGCGCGGCCACACACUCCGUCCUCGAGACCACCAUCUGGACCCACCGCGUCCGCUUCCUGGAAGAGUGGGCCCUGCCCCACUGGGCAACCUUCACCAUCUGGAAUGCGGGCCGGCAGGGCCGCCGGCUCUACCGCAGCCUGACGGCAGGGUCACGGUGCAAGGUGGUCGCCUUCUGCGACGUGGACGAGAACAAGAUCAAGAAGGGCUUCUACUGCUACGAGGACUCUCAGGAAAGGCCCAAGCCCCGGGUCCCGGUCCUGCACUUCCGAGCCGCACAGCCACCCUUUGUCAUCUGCGUGAAGCUGGACCUCACAGGGGGCGCAUUUGAAGACAAUCUGAGGUCACUGCACCUGCAAGAGGGCCGGGAUUUCCUUCACUUCAGCUGACAGACCCAUGGCAGCUGCUCCCAGGUAUGUACGGGGCCCCCAGCAGCCGCAGCCCAGGGUCGAGAGCAAGUAGGGAAGGAUGGCCCCGUGGCCCCCGGUGGGGAACGUGCCCGGUGGAGGGUGACACCCAGAUGCCCCUCAAAUCCCCUUCACCAGGAGGGCACGUCUUAGUGUUCUUAUCGGGUGUGGUUUACGUGUGGUAAAGCACACAGCCGUGAGCACAAGCCUGAGGGGUGUUGUCCACACCCCACCGUGUAUCUCUGACACGUGUCCACACGUGUGUACAGAUACCACAGACGGAGACAUGGAGCAGAGGGCGUGGCCGCACAAUGCACCCUCCCCAGAGAGCCUCCCUCGUGUCUGUGGCAGACGUUCUAGUCACUCGCUCUAGUCACUGCACGGCUCCCCAACGCCUGCCUCGUUCCCAGCUCUGGCCACUGUGGAAAGUCUGGUCCGUGUCUGGGUGGGUGGCUGGCUCCAUCCAUGUGGGGGCCGCAUGUGUGAGAGACAUGGAACUAGACAAGGCCCACCCUGGGGACAGGGGCUGAGUGCUCACAGCUUGUCUGGUGGGGAGCUGACCCCUCACCAAGCACAGCAGAGACCUGCGGGUGGAGGGGGAGGCCCCGCUGUGCCUGGCGGGGGGCCAUGGGCGUGAGCGGUCAGGGGAGUGAGUCUCCUUCUCCGAUUGGUCCUAAGUUGGAUGUAUGGCUAGAACUGGGGAAGCUGGCAGUUGUGACCACGUCCUGGCCAUUGGGGACCAGUGGCUACACAGUUCUAUGUUGAGACACGGUCUGGAGUUGUCCCUUUGUGCAUUUGGUCUCUCGGUCCCAGGAGGCCAAUGGCUUUUCCCUAAAGGUGACGCACGGCUGCUACCCCCGGGGGCCUGUCUCCUUGGUCCAAGAACAAAUCAUUGAUGUGUUGAAUCACUGGUGCCAUUAAUGCUGGAGUUGAGUGAUGACUCCCACUGAUGGGAGCCCUGCCCUAACUUUAUGUGAACAAGGUGGUAACUCCUGGGUCCGAGUAGGGUCAGGGGGCUUGAACAAUCAGGAGUGGCCUCAUUGUGGAGUCACGUCUGAGUCACAAUUCCCUGCUCUGGUGAUUUAAAAGCAUCAGGGUCUCUGCAUGCAGAGUCUCGGAAGACCCUUCCCAAAGCACACGAGGUGUUGGUCAGAGGCAAGAGGAUCAGUGUUCUGGCUACAGGACCUUCUAAAAAUGCACGUUUAUUUUUAUACUGUAUGCUACUAUUGUCCAUUAAAAAGAAAUUCUACGUGCUUUUAAAAAUCUGUAUGUUAGCCGUUAUUCUUUUUGUUACAUGGUUGUUGUUUAUAGUUUUCUCUGCCCAACAUUGUCUCUUGCACCUGCAUUCACCUGGCAGCAGGAAAAUGAUCCCUACGCUUUAUCCACUAGAAUCUGCCCCCAGAAUCUGCCUGAAGAUAUUUCUGUCAUCAUGACUGGGAAGGGGGUUUGCUACCGGCAUCUAGGUUGUUGCUAAACAUUCUGCAACACACAGGACGGUCCCCACAACUAAGAAUUAUUCGACCUCAAAUGUCAACAGUGUCAAGAUUGGAAACCAGUGGCAUUAAGGAGGUUUGUUUUAUCUGUAACGACCUAUUUUGUUCUUCCCUGAAUGACAGCUGAACUAGCUUCAGUCCAGCCGAGGCAAAUUGUUUUCUCUCAGCUCGAUGAGGAUCUCAUUCCAGUGUUAAGUCCACUGUUGCCAUCCAAGAGGGGCAGCUGCCUGGACCACCCAGUCUCCCAGCAGUUCCGCUGCAACGUGUCCAGACGUGAGCUUGUCCUGUUUGGGAUCUUGCUUCUAUCACCAAGUAUGUGGCACCGUCUCCCGAGACCCCAGCCACACACAGGGCAGGUUCUCUGGUGUCUCUUGACUUUGUUUUCAUAUUUUUCCAGUUGUUUUUCUGGAUAAAACUCCUUCAGAUCUUCCAGUUCCCCAAUUCUCUCUUCAGCCAUGUCUAGAUGGUUGUUUAAUUCAUCCAUUGAGCCUUUUCCCCCCUAAUUUCCUCUUGAUAAUUUCUAACCCUUUUCAAAACUAAAUUCAUUUUAGAUUCUGUGUCUUUUGGGGUCUGAUUUUACUAAGGUCUUGCUAAUGGUGCCUUGUUUCUUUGUGCAUUUUGUGCAAUUUGGGGAUGUGAGCUUAUGUUCUUCUCUCUGUAGGGCUCAGCCUGCAUCCUUCCAGAGAGGGUUUUGUUUGCCUCCUCUGCCCAGUGUCUGUCAGCACCACUGGUCAGGGGCCAUUGUGAUCACAUUCCUCUCCACCAGCACCGGGCAGAGACCAAGACAGAUGUGCUCCUGUGGGGACCUACUUCCCUCUCUCCUUGCUGCUGAGGGUACAGCUAUUUAGGGCCCCAGCUGCAUGUGGGGUCUGCUACUAGAUUUGGCCCUGGGCCUUAUGCUAUCACAUCCACACUUCCCAGCCAGCCUCCAGGGCUCAGCAGACAUGGAUCCUGGGGACGCCAGAGACCUGCUCACUGGGAUGGUUCACUCUGUGUCUGGGACAUGGCCAUAUGCUCACGGCCACACCGCUGCCCUCACAUAUCCUGUUUCAGGCACGAGGCUUCUUGCGGCUCUUCAGACCCACCCACCUCACUCCCACUGGGGCCACAGGUGCCCUUCUCUGCCCCUUUCGGGGGCGGGGGUGUCUCCUGACCACUCCCUCUACCAGGUGGCAGCCCAGCACUGUCCACCCACCCUGAAUUGCUUCAGACCACUGCUUUCCACGAUGUCCACCUCUGCUGUUGUCUGCUUCUGGCCACGUCGUCAGUCGUGAGGGGGGGCUCCCCACAAAGCCGUCACCUGGACCCAGAUGGGCUCCAAAUGGAGGAGGAGGUUCCCAGCCACCAGACGCCUGAUGAGAACAGGUGCUGACCAGUAGGAUCUGACAUGGCCGAAGGUGUGCAGGGGCAGCUGGACACUGCCGGCUUUGUUGGUUUUCCUCGGGUUGCAAAGGUAGACCAGCAACGGAAGAAGAAUUGCUUCAUGACACAGUAUCAUCAGUGUGGUAAACUGGCCUGUCUCCAUGUCUCAGAGACCAUGUCUCUGGAAUCUUGGUGUUUUUUAAAAAUUAUGCUAAAAACAUUUCAUUUUAUUCCUUCUCAAAAGCGCCUUGCUUGGUUUUCUCAGCCAAGGUCUAUGUGCUGCUCUGUGGACCCCGCCUGCUACAGGGAUACAAGUGGGGCCUCCUGUGGCCACCCUGCAGGAGAGCCUUCCAACCAGCAUGGCCUCAUGUGGCCUGAGGCUGCCUGGGCAUCCAGGACCCCUCACCACGUGACAACGUCCACCAGCUAUGGGGCCUCUGGCUGUUCUUCCAUUGAAAAUGGAAAACUCUCUACUUAUUUUCAAGAGGAGACAUGUUUUAAGGCUUAAAUGAAAUUAAAGUUAAAACCUCAUGCAAGACUAACAUGGGCUUCCACUCUCAGGGAAGGUCAGCGUUCCCGGCAUGUCCACUGGCUCAACUGGAGCAGGAGAAACUCACUUAGCAAAGGCAGCAGGAAAACCCGUCUCAGGAUUGUACCGACACCACCUACCAUGGCCUCCAGCCAUGGACCCGUGGGCGCGCACGUCCCAGGAGGGGCGGUCUGUCCCGUGGCCCAGGUGCAGGAACACUGUCCUGGGCCCAUGGCUGGACGACUUCACCUCAGAUGUUCUACCUGCCCAUCCACAUCUGUCCUGCAUCCAGACCUCAACCCAUGAAGCAGCAGGUGGAAGGGUGGGGAUGGACCAGGAGCCUGCCACACAAAGGCUCCCGCAGGAGGCGGCCUGACCCCUCAGCACUGAGACUGGCCACGCAGGUGCUCAAGUGGGGAACCUUUACACACAUCGGCCUCACUGGCCCCUGAACAGGCCAGCAUGAGUGCCAGCCCAUGUGGACAAAAGCAGCCUGUCUUUGCUUCAGAAACCCUGAGUGUGUACCCCAUUCUGGACAAAUGAAAAAAAAGGUUCAGACAAUGUGGUUCUUCUCCCGUCACCAGAGAACCACUUCCUGGAGGCCACAUGUCGGCAGAUCUAUGAAGCCACUGACCGUGCCCUGCUUCCGUUGAGGGUUUGAGCUGCUGUCACAAGUCCCCUGUGUGGCUGAACUGGUCCUGGUGGGAUUCUGAGAACACAGGUUGGCUCUUUCUGACUGAAUGAAACUGCACGAGGGCAGGUGACGUGCGUGCGACCGCCAUGCGCGCUGGGCACUAGAAUGGGGUGAGGAGGGAAGACAGCCCCCACCCGCACUGCAAAAGAGACCCGGAGGCGGCGCUCAACGGCACCCACCCCCACCCCCACCCCAAGGCAUGGCACCUUCUCUGCCCCUGCAGCAUCUGACAUGUAACGUGAGUCGCUCAGAGCUUGUCAGCGGCUACGAGCAAGCCCAACAAGGCCAUGGUGGAUGUGGCGACAGGACAGCACACGGGAGGCUGCAACCGGCCUGUCCCCCCCAGGGCCACCCCUCCCAGCGGGCCUCGGUGCAGGAGCCUACAACCCCCUCUGGUUCCAGCUCCCCCGCCGGCAGCAGUGUCAGGCACAGGCAGAUACAGAGCUGCUCAGCACGUGAUUUUAUAAGUAAGACACAGGUUAGAGAUAGGACAAAUGCACCAACAGCCCAGGUCACUGUGGCACAGCAUGCAUGGAAGGAAAUGCCACCUCCAGGUGACGAACUCCAGGGCCCUCACGCACCAGCCAGACCGCCGCCGUCCGUCCAGGUCUUCCAUGCCGACCAUGCCUGGGCUCCUCCUCCCAGGCAGGCAGAGGCAAGGACUCAGCUUCCCGGACUGGCCUCAGCGGACACUGGGCUGUGGAGGACACAUGACAGGGUCAGGCCGGUCAGCGCCGUCUCCCCAGCCCUCCUUGGGUCACGCUUCCUGCAGGAAACUGCAUCUGUGCCGCUUCCCCGAACGUGCCAGGAGCCCCGUGGCCAACACAACCUCUGGGCAGCAAGCAGGUGGGGAGGGUGACUAUACUGUCCCCCCAACUUCAUCCAUCUGUGCGACAUUUUCCUAAUGUAGAAAGCACGUUUCCUUAGGAAGCCAGUGUUGUGUGUGGCCGUCACACAAGGAGAGGGGAGAGUUGACACUUGGCCUGCCAUCCCUGUCACCCACAGUGUCACCUGGGGGCCGACCAGAGCUGCCCUCAGCCCGCAUCUGAGGGGGUCCUGUAGGGGCCCAAGAGAAGGGCCAGGCAAGGCAGACACUAGUACAGCAUGGUCGGGGGGGAGGAAAGGGGGAAAAAGGCAUCACCUCAGAAAUAACUUAGCCACAAGGAGAACAGAGACUUAAGAGCACAGUGAAGAACUGCAGGACAAUGAAGAGAGAGGCGGCCGAACGGAAGGCAGGCCAUGACCAUCUGGGCCCUGGGAAGGAAGGGCACCGCAGCCAGAGCCCUCUGCCCGGUGCCACCCGUCCUGACUGCCGUACGUGGGGAAGGAAUGCUGUCCUGAUGGGCAGUCACUAACAAACAGCAGGAAAACUGCAGGAAGUUAACAGAAGGGGAAGUGAAAUGGUAAAAAUGUCGUUAACCGGGCUUCCCUGGUGGCACAGUGGUUGAGGGUCCGCCUGCCGAUGCAGUGGACGCGGGUUCGUGCCUCGGUCCGGGAAGAUCCCACAUGCCACGGA